AUGGAGUUACCAACUCUGAGAAAACCCUUCAUCUACUGGGUUUUAUUUUCUUUCAUUGUCUUUGCUCAGGUUAGCUAUGGUUUUUACCUUCCUGGAAGCUACAUGCAUACUUAUUCCAAUGGAGAAUUUAUAAAUUCCAAAGUCAAUUCAUUGACUUCAAUUGAAAUCAAGCUUCCCUUCUCAUACUACAGCCUCCCAUACUGCCAGCCCUCUGGCGGGAUAAAGAAAAGUGCAGAGAAUCUUGGAGAACUUCUUAUCGGAGAUCAGAUUGAUAACUCACCAUACCGAUUUCGAAUGAAUGUAAAUGAGACGAUAUACCUCUGUACAACUUCACCAUUGAAUGAACAUGAAGUAAAUCUACUUAAGCAAUGA